AUGAGCGUUCCGCCCAGGGCACCAGCGCCCUGCUUUUGCCCUUCUGCAAAGGUUCCAGAGCAUCAUUUGCAGGAAGGAUACACCCCACUCCGAGGGCAACAAGCAUGUGUGGACGCCGAGCUGGGGGAGGAGCAGGCGUGUGGGGCCCUGGGCCUUUUGUCUGGCCCUCUGAGCCCCAGUGAGAGUUUCCUGAGGUACCUCACCCUUCCACAAGACAACGAGCUUGCCAUUGAUCUGCAAGAAAUGGCAGUUGUUGUCUUGGCCCAUUUAGACCAUCUGGCUACACCCUGUAGAUGCCUCUGCCAUGUAGCUCUCCAACAUCUCAUAAGCAUGGCUCCAGGCCCUCCUCUCCCUGUCUCUGAUCAUACCGUUUUCUUUUUCAAAAAAGCAGAGUCAUUUUUUACAGGUCAGAACUGUAGAAAUAAUGAGGAAGUGACACUUAUACGCAAAGCUGAUUUGAAGAACCAUAAUAAAGAUGGAGGCUUCUGGACUGUGAUUGACGGGAAAGUAUAUGAUAUAAAGGACUUCCAGACACAGUCGUUAACAGGAAAUAGUAUUCUUGCUCAGUUUGCAGGGGAAGACCCAGUGGUAGCUUUGGAAGCUGCUUUGCAGUUUGAAGACACCCAGGAAUCCGUGCACGCAUUUUGUGUUGGCCAAUAUUUGGAGCCUGACCAAGAAGUUGUCACCAUACCAGAUCUGGGAAGUCUCUCUUCACCUCUGAUAGACACAGAGAGGAAUCUGGGCCUGCUUCUCGGAUUACAUGCUUCCUAUUUAGCAAUGAGCACACCGCUGUCUCCUGUCGAGAUUGAAUGUGCCAAAUGGCUUCAGUCAUCCAUCUUCUCUGGAACGCACACCAGCCAGAUCCACUACAGCUACAAAGAGGAGAAAGAUAAGGACCACUGCAGCUCCCGGGGCACACCUGCCAGCAAAUCUCGACUCUACUCCCACAGAUGGGCUCUGGGGGACCAUUCCCAGGCAUUUCUGCAAGCCAUUGCAGACAAUAACAUUCAGGAUCACAACGUGAAGGACUUUUUGUGUCAAAUAGAAAGGUACUGUAGGCAGUGCCAUUUGACCACACCGAUCAUGUUUCCCCCCGAGCAUCCCGUGGAAGAGGUCAGUCGCUUGCUGUUAUGUUGCCUCUCGAAACAUGAAGAUUUAGGUCAUGUGGCAUUAUCUUUAGUUCAUGCAGGUGCACUUGGUAUUGAGCAAGUAAAGCACAGAACGUUGCCUAAGUCAGUGGUGGAUGUUUGUAGAGUUGUCUACCAAGCAAAAUGUUCGCUCAUUAAGACUCAUCAAGAACAGGGCCGUUCUUACAAGGAGGUCUGUGCUCCUGUCAUCGAACGUUUGAGAUUCCUCUUUAAUGAAUUGAGACCUGCUGUUUAUAAUGACCUCUCUAUAAUGUCUAAGUUUAAAUCGUUAAGUUCUUUGCCCCGUUGGAGGAGGAUAGCUCAGAAGAUAAUUCAAGAAUGAAGGAAAAAGAGAGUUCCUAAGAAGCCAGAAUCUAUAGAUGAUGAAGAAAAAAUUGGAAGGAGUGAUUUAGAAGAAGCUUGCAUUUUGCCUCACAGUCCAAUAAAUGUGGACAAGAGACCCAUUGCAAUUAAAUCACCCAAGGACAAAUGGCAGCUGCUGUUGAGUACUGUUACAGGUGUUCACAAAUACAAGUGGUUGAAGCAGAAUGUGCAGGGUCUUUAUCCGCAGUCUCCACUCCUCAGUACAAUUGCUGAAUUUGCCCUUAAGGCGGAACCGGUGGAUGAGGAAAAAAUGAGAAAGUGUCUACUAAAACAGUUGGAGAGAGCAGAGAUUCGCCUGGAAGGGAUAGAUACAAUUUUAAAACUGGUGAGCAAGAAUUUCUUACUUCUAUCUGUGCAGUACGUGAUGUUUUGUGGAUGGCAAAGACUUAUUCCUGAGGGGAUCGAUAUAGGGGAACCUCUUACUGAUUGUUUAAAGGAUGUUGAUUUGAUCCCACCUUUUAAUCGGAUGCUGCUGGAAGUCACCUUUGGCAAGCUGUAUGCUUGGGCUGUUCAGAACAUUCGAAAUGUUUUGAUGGAUGCCAGUGCCAAAUUUAAAGAGUUUGGUAUCCAGCCGGUUCCCCUGCAAACCAUCACCAAUGAGAACGUGUCAGGACCGAGCCUGGGGACCAUCCCGCAAGCCCGCUUCCUCCUGGUGAUGCUCAGCAUGCUCACCCUGCAGCACGGCACAAACAACGUCGACCUCCUGCUCAAUUCCAGCACGCUGGCCCUCGCUCAGACGGCACUGCGCCUGAUUGGAAUGGAGAUUCUCUCAGGAGGUUCCACAAAUCCUGAUGUGAGGUUUCUUAGGAGUUACCGCCAGUCUGCCUGACGCACAAGCAAACCUCAAGAAACACUCAUUCAGAUGAAGACAAAGAUGGCAACUGGGAUGCUUGGGGCAACUGGAGUGAUUGCUUCCGGACCUGUGGGGGAGGAGUGUCAUAUUCUCUGCGGAGAUGUUUGACCGGAAGGAAUUGUGAAGGGCAGAACAUUCGGUACAAGACAUGCAGCAAUCAUUCCCCUCCGUGGAUCCUUAUUGCUUUUAAAUCUCCUCACGUGCAUUCAAGGACCUUCUUAUCUUCAGGACUGCCCUCCAGAUGCAGAAGCUUUCAGAGCCCGGCAGUGCUCAGCCUACAAUGAUGUCCAGUAUCGGGGCGUUACUAUGAAUGGCUUCCACGAUAUAAUGAUCCUGCUGCUCCGUGUGCACUCAAGUGUCAUGCAUGAGGACAAAAUUUGGUGGUGGAGCUGGCACCUAAGGUACUGGAUGGAACUCGUUGCAACACGGACUCCUUGGACAUGUGUAUCAGUGGCAUCUGUCAGUUAUUGAAUCAAAAACACUUCAAGGAAGCAAAGGAGAACACAGCUUUAACAGCCCCGGAGUCUUUGUCAUAGCAAACACAACAGUGGAAUUUCAGAGGGCUCCGAAAGGCAAACUUUUAAGAUUCCAGGACCUCUGAUGGCUGAUUUCAUCUUCAAGCUGGGAACAUAAUCCUUGGACUGCAUGUUCCGUGUCCUGUGGAGGAGGGAUUCGGAGACGGAGCUUUGUGUGUGUGGAGGAAUCCAUGCAUGGAGAGAUAUUGCAGGCAGAAGAAUGGAAGUGCAUUGCAUGGUGACUUGUGGCCGAGGGUUACGGUACCGGGUUGUUGUGUGUAUUAACCACCGUGGAGAGCAUGUUGGGGGCUGCGAUCCACAACUGAAGUUACACAUCAAAGAAGAAUGUGUCAUUUCCAUCCCGUGUUAUGAACCAAAAGAUUAUUCCCUUCUUCACAUCAAGGAGGCUUCAAAGGACAGAAAGGGGCAACAGUUUGUUCCUCCAUGCCAGAUGUAAUUGAAAAAAGUCCAGUGGAAGCGAAAUUGCCUUGGCUGAAACAAGCACAAGAACUAGAAGAGACCAGAAUAACAACAGAAGAACCAACGUGCUUCCGGGACCUUUUGUGGGAGUAAUCAGGGCAUAGCCAGUUAACAUGAUAUAUGUAAUUUUUGUACUCAUUGGAGUACAGUGAUACAUUUAAUAUCCAAAUGACCCGGAUUUACAGACUCUAGAGAGCUUGAGCUGGCUAGAAUUUUUCUUUAUUUCACAAUUCAGCAGUCCUGCUUUGGCAGUUUCUCUGAGCAGCACAGAAAAGACAGUGUUACUUAACUCAAAGCAGAUCCGGUGGUCUGCUACCCUUAAGAGAUUGGGGAUAAUUCUAGGUUUUAACACAUGUGAUUUGACCAUGAACCGUCAUAGUCAUUCCAUGGGUAAGUCAUGGUCAGUCUCUAUAAAAUCAGUUAAGUUGAAAUGCAUUAGUCGCCUGAGUGAUCGUAGGGAAAUGGAAAGAACAAGGUACUAAGAGUAUUGGAGCUUAGAACCACCCCUGCUAACUACAUGACCUUAGACAAGUCUAAUUUUUCUGUGUCUCAUUCUCCUUACCUAUAAAAGGAGCAGGUUGGGCUUGAUCUCUCCAGGGUUCAUUCCAACUUAAAAAUCCAAUAACUACCAUCUGCAUGUGAUUUGAUGGAUCUGGAUUGUAACAGUGCCAGUGGAAAUUAAGAAUCAAGAGGAAAUCAAAGAAGCAUUCUGGAGUUGCAUGCUGCCAUUAGUCACCAGGUUGACCCGGAAUUCCUUGGUUUAGGUCUGGGCAGCGUCCUCCUGAACAGCCUGAAGCAGAUGGUGGUGACCCUGGCCAGCAGCACAGGCAUGCUGAGCACCGUGCAUUCAGCCUCCCAGGCCAUGCUGCAGAGCGGCUGGUCCGUGCUGCUGCCCACCGCUGAGAAGCAGGCCCGGGCACUCUCUGCUCUCCUGCCCUGCGCAGGUGGGCUCGGGGAAGGAACAGGAGACGGCAUGGGUCAGGGUGCUGGGAGGGGAUGGCGUUUCACUCAAAUUGGCACACACUUUCUAGUUCAGUUUCAGGCAAUGAAGUGAACAUAAGUCCAGGUCGUCGAUUCAUGAUUGAUCUUCUGGUGGGCAGCUUGAUGGCUGCUGGAGGGUUGGAGUCAGCCUUACACGCAGCCAUUACUGCGGAGAUCCAGGUAUGGCCUUGGAGGCACACGUGACCUGGUGGUGCGCUGAGAUUGGAAAUACCACACUCACACAUGUGAAGAAUAACUGAAAACAGUAAAACACUCAACUUUUAUCAUAUCCAAGUAUUUUCUUAAAUUAAAAUUCUUUUAUGUGCUAAUUUUAAAAAUUAUUGAGAUGAUUUAAUUGUGAUAAAAUACUGCAUGUUGCCUGUUUCAGUGAAGUUAACAGAUAACCUGUUACUCAGGUAGACCAUUCCCGUCACUCGGAAAGAUCCCUGUGCCCUUGGCACUUGCAGCCAGGAUACUCCCCUGCCCUCAGAUGAGAUGCAUUUCGCCUGCUCUGAGUGUCGCAGCAAUAUAACUGUAUAGUAUGCACUCGUUCCUGCCUGGCCUUGGAGAAUGAUUUUCAGAUUCACUCACUGAUGUGUCUAUUGUGACUUCGUUUUUAUUAUUGGGAAGUUUUCCAUUUUCUGGGUGUAGUACUCUUUGUUAGUUCAUUCUCCUAUUGAAGGAUAUUAAAUUGUUUUUGGUUUUUGUUUUCUUUUCUUUUUUUUUUUGAGACAGGGUCUUGCUCUGUCACCCAGGCUGUAUACAGUGACCUGAUCUUGGCUCACUGCAGCCUUGUCCUCCUAGGCUCACAUGAUCCUCCCACCUCAGCCUCCUAUGUUGCAGGGACCACAGGCAUGUCACCAUGCCGGGCUAGUUUUUUGAUUUUUUUUUGUAGAGACAAGGUGUUACUGUGUUGCACAGGCUGGUCUCCAACUCCUGGGCUCGGGAUCCCCCCACCUUGGCCUCCCAAAGUGUUGGGAUUACAAGCGUGAGCCACCACGCCCAGGCUUUCUUGUUUUUGGCCGUGUAGAGCUGCCACGAUUGUGCUGUGAACAAGUACUUUAGUGAACAUAUGUCCUCCCUUUGGGUAAAUACUUGGAGUGGAAUUUGUUAGGUUCUGGGGUCGGUGUGUAUUCAUAGUUUCCCAAAGUGGCUCUGUCAUUUACAUUUGAGCCAGGACUUCUGUGUGUGAGAAUUCUAGCUCCUUCUUGUCCUUGCAGAGCAGCUGGAUGCUGCGUGUGUGGGGCAGAUCACAUUGGGUUUUGUGAGAGCCAGUAGCAGGGUUAAGGAUUUUAGGGACUUCACAGAAGGAGGCUGGAGAGCAUCAGCAGAGGCAGCCUGGACCUUGGAUCUGUAAACAGAAGACACUGUUUGAAACUGCACAACUGAGUUGGGGUUUCCAACAGGGCAGGUGGAGGCCUGUGGGUAGGUGUGUGCGGCAGCUACAGAGGCUAGGAUAGCUUGGCACUGGGGUCAGGGCUCAGCCAGCCUGUGUGUCUUCACACCUGGUAAUGAGAUCACUUGUAAACAAUUUCUGUUUAUGAAUUACAGGAUAUUGAAGCCAAAAAGGAAGCACAGAAGGAAAAAGAAAUUGAUGAACAGGAAGCAAAUGCCUCAGCAUUUCAUAGAAGCAGGACUCAUUGGAUAAAGACCUUAUUAAUACGGGGAUCUGUGAGUCUUCUGGCAAACAGUGUUUGCCUCUGGUUCAGCUCAUACAACAGCGUUUUAGGUAAAUCGUAUUAGCUGUAUUGUAUUGUGUUUUAUUUAUUUACUUUUUUUUGUAUUUUUGAGACAGAGUUUCGCUCUUGUUGCCCAGGCCGGAGUGCGGUGGCGCGAUCUUGACUCACUGCAACCUCCGCCUCCCAGGUUCAAGUAAUUCUCCUGCCUCAGCCUCUCGAGCAGCUGGGAUUACUGGCGUGCGCCACCACGCCCCACUAAUUUUGUAGUUUUAGUAGAGAUGGGGUUUCUUCAUGUUGGUCAGGCUGGUCUUGAACUCCUGACCUCAGGAGAUCCACCCACCUUGGCCUCCCAAAAUGUUGGGAUUACAGGCAUUAGCCACCACGCCUGGCCUAUUUAUUUUACUUACUAGCAUUUUUUUUUUUUUUGUGAUGGAGUCUCUCUCUAUCGUCCAGGCUGGAGUGCAGUGUCAAUGAUCUUGGCUCACUGCAACCUCCACCUCCUGGGUUCAAGCUAUUCUCCUGCCUCAGCCUCCCGAGUAGCUGGGACUAGAGGUGUCUGCAACCACACCUGACCGAUUUUUGUGUUUUUAGUAGAGAUGGGGUUUUACCAUAUUGGUCAGGCUGGUCUCAAACUCCUGACCUCAGGUGAUCCACCUGCCUUGGCCUCUCCAAAUGUUGGGAUUACAGGCGUUAGCCACUGUGCCUGGCCUGUAUUGAAUUUUAAUAGGUGAUUAUUGGUUUUCAUAUUAAGAUAGUGAAAUCCAGCACGAGGAUCUCAAAACUUUGUUUGGUGAUUGAAGGAAUAUUCUGAAAAUUACCUAGUAUAGAUUUUAGGGUAAAGAGAAGACCCUUUUAAAUAUAGGUGAGAGGAGAAGUUGGAGGGCGAGGGCAUGAUGAUGUUCAAAAGUUUUUCCAGAAGAGAAAUUGGGUGUGCAGUAAACCUGUAAAAAGAUUCUUGCUAAUAAGCAGGUGGAUGUAAAUGAAAAUCAUUAUGGAAGGUUAUUUUUAAAACUGGUUGUAUCAUUGCCUCACUUCAUAUAUUACAGAGUUAUACAUACUACUUUGUAAGAUAACUUUUCUUUUCAAAACCAAAGUCAAUGUGAAAGAAUGGUGACCAUUGUUUUGGAAGGCCCGACUAGGAGGAGGUGGGAAGAAGUCAGACUCAGCCUGUGAACAGAGACUAACUUUGGCAGAAGCCAAAACAGUCAGACAGUGUUGUCUAAAAAUGAUCAUUCAAGAAGAGUGAAAAAACAAGGUGAUUUGUGAGAGAGAUUUAUUAGAAAAUGAAACACAUUUGUACCUCUGUUUAAUAAAAAUCUGCUUUUUGUCA